AUGAUGAACGACGUGCACCAUCAUCACCACAAGUUGAAUCAAAUGCCCGCCAUCAGGCGCGUCUCCAAACUGCUAGAUGUAAGCAAGAAUAAAUGGAUGAGAAAAGACUUUGCGGAGGAGUUGAAGGAGGAUGAUAUGGACGCUGAUAUCAUUGAGGAAGUUAUCAACGAGGAAAAGAAGACGAAAUUCAAAUGGCAGGUGAAGGUCGACAAAGCCCUCAAGUUCACCCCCUUCCAGAUUCUUCUUCUCAUCCUGGCCAUAGCAGAUGUGUUGGUCGUCAUCUCCGAAAUUAUCAUCACACUUUACAUCUAUCUUAUUGAAAAAAACGAAUCAAAUGAGGCACUGGUCCACACAGUCAGACACCUAACCCACAAGCUCCAUCUUGACAACGGAAUGUACCUGGAUGACAUCAUGCAACACCUGGACGAGAGGCUGGGUUACUGCGACAACAUUACUGGCGGUUCUCACCCCAUCACUAAUGACCAUGCUAGUGGAACCGGUUCACACAAUACCGACACACAAAAUACCGAUCUACACGGACCCAAAAGAGAGAAUACUAACAAUUCGAUCGAUAAUUCACACCAAGAUAUUGGUGUUACUGGCAGUACAAAAGUACCUUCUAUACACCGGAGAAAACGUAGUGGGGGUGGGGGUGGGGCUGGGGCGGAUGGAGAAAACACGGGGCUACACCAUAACGAUGGUGUAGCCAGGCUGGAAAAAGCUGAAAUGACUCUGAACAUCGUGAGCAUCACCAUUCUCGCCAUUCUUGUCGUCGUGCUCAUGUUGAGGCUGCUGGCCAUGGGACUGAGAUUUUUCACAAAAGUCAUGGAGGUGAUUGACAGUGUUGUCACGAUUGCAUCUUUCAUCUUGGACGUCAUAAAGUACAGCGGUCUACUGAUGAACGGCGCUGCUGAAGCUGCAAUUGUCAUACUUCUUCUCUGGCAGAUCGUCAGGAUGUUUAAUGGCAUCGUCGUAACUGAGAUUAAGAGGCUGGAAUUCAGGAUAAAGUUGCAGAAAGCCGUUAGGAGAAGGCUGGAUUCGCAGAUUAAAGACAUGACAGGAGAUAAGCAGCUGUUAGAGACCGAAGUGAAAAGUUUGAGAAAUUUGAGCAAGCGCAAGGGAGCCACUGACGAUGAAAUCACUCUCACUCAUCCAGUUAAAAUUACUGAUAAGCCAUCGGCAUUUGCUGGUCUUUCGGCCAUUGCUUCGAUGUCCAUGGGUCUGUCCCUUCAUAACAAUAUCGUCCAACCGACGAAAGAAAACAAAAGAGAAGUCUUCCCGAACAGAGAAGACUCCACUGUCACAACGGCAACCCUCUCACCAGAAAAUGAACCAGACGGCAUCGCCAUCAUUCCCAUGUUCACCAUCCAAAAAUCCGAAACUGAAAUGGACCAAAAAGACCCGGGCAAUGACGUCACAGAUACGUCAUGCGGUGAAAAUAAUGACCGCGGUGAUGCUAAAAAUAACGAGAAAGCACCUGUAUCUAUUUUGCAUGAUGCAGGUUUUGGUGAUUUUAAAAAGAGCCGCUGUGAUGUCGAAAUGGGCCGAAAUUUGAUUAAAAAGGGCCAAAAUGCUGUCAAAAUUGAUCAAAAUUGUGUUACUCUUACGGAAAACUCGAUACCUACUGCUUCUAGCGACAUUUUUAAAGACAACAACAGCAGCAGCAGCAGCACCACUUAUGGUAAGACCGAUUGUGAGGCAAGCAGUUUGGGGUUUUUCAACGAGUCUUUCGUUGAAAAUGAGACUGAUAACGACAGCGUUCGUGAGAAACUAGAUGCUGAUCAGAGUUAUAAUGGCAUGGCCCAAUUUGCCACCCGCAACAACAACAAGAUUACGAAAAACUACAUCUUCAAUCAAAAAACAUCGCCAGCGUCUACUACGGCUUCUACAGCUGCUGUGGCUUCUACAGCUGCUGUAGCUUCUACAGCUGCUGUAGCUGCUACAGCUACUGCAGCAACUGCUAAACCAACAUCAUCAUCUAGAAACGCCAUGACCGUAGCCAUCCAAUCAGCACACAACCUUUUUCACCAUAACAGCCAACAACGCCAGCAACAGAGAAUAUUAUUACGUCAGAAUCAGGUCUCAGAAGAUCAGCUGAUUAAAAAAGAUGGCUACGACGAUGACGUCAUCAAAGGCGUCGAUAAUUAUGAUGAUAGUAAUUAUAGCAACAACAACGAUAAUAAUAAUUAUAAUGAUAAUAACAAUAUUAAUAAUAAUAAUAAAAAUAUUAAAAGUACGGGCUUCAUUGGAAUUGAAAUAUCAAACAAUGAGUCUAAGAUAUAG